ACCACCCCCCGCCCCCCCUGCUGUCCCUCGGCCGCAGUUCGGCGGGUGGCCGUUAGUUAGGCUCCCUGAAGCCGUUCCUUCGGGCCCUUUUCUCCUGGAUCGCGGAGAAGUCGCCGCCCUUCCCUACCCGCCGCCGGUGCCGCAGGCCCCAUCUGGGCACCCAACCCUGCUGGUGGGGAAAAGGCCGGCUGGGGUUUCGGGGCUUUCCCGCCAGAGCAGGGGUUUCUCUCAGGGAAGAGCCGUUUUCGCCGGGAAGCGCAGCUUUCCUGUCACACCUGCUUCGCCUUCCGCCUUCUUUGAGACCUGAGUGAUCUUUCUCGGCUACUUCUGCGUCUCACGUAAACAUUUCUCAGCUCUCUUUACUAUAGGGUAUCUCCCUGAGAUGUGAUAUCGCUAGUGCCACCAACCAGAAAGAGACGUCUCCACUCUCCUGUCCAGCUUAUGAAAAUCCCCUUAGCUGCCACAGUUUGCUUACCUGUCUCAUCGCCUCCUGGUAAUUCCGUCGAACUGUCUCUUUCUUGGUGUACCCUAAAGUGAUCUCUGAAUGGAUGCCCAGUUUCUCUUGUCUUGAGCUUGGUGAUUUCUGUUUAUCGGUGCCUCUGCAGUAUUUCCACUAUCUUGUUGGCUAUAACUUGCCCCUUUAUCACUUUCAAGUCAGCCUUGUUAACGUUUGGUACUCUUUAUUAUGAUAUUUGGGGUGGUGAUUCUUGUAACAUUUAUAUAAAAAUUUUAUAGGCUACCAACUAUUUGACUUAGCGUCUUUGUUCCAGUUGGGUAUUCUGGAUGGAAUAGAUCUCAUCAUUUUCUCAAUCUUUGUUUUUCAUAAAGAUAGUUUGUGUUAAGGACUCCAUUGAAAUAUAGGUUACACUGAAUUACAAAAUUGCAAGUACAGUGCAACUUUAAGCAUCUCUUUAACCAUAAUCUCUUAAGUUUCCAGUUUAGAGAAGUCCUCCCCUUUUUUCCCUCCAGUCCUUUUCAGGAAGCCUCAUUUGUUUUUAUCUUGAGAAACCUCAUUUGUUUUUACCUGAUUCCAGUUAAUUAUCCUGAUUGUAAAGAAGGUCUUGAUGUCACCCAUUUGAUGAGUUAAAUCUGGAGGGAGUGGUCAGAUACAGGCUCUGCCACUUCAGGCUAGGUGAUGUAGCUCUUGACUACUGCUUUUGAAGUCCUUCCUUUCUUUCCCCCGGAUUCCCUUGCUUUCUACCAGUUGCACCAACUCUAUUGUCUUGUUGUAAGUAUCUGUUUAUGGUGUAGCUUCCCCCAUAAGACAGUGAGUUCCUCAGCAACAGGUACCUCUUUAUAUCCUCAGCACCUGGCACAUCGUUGGCACACGGUUAAUGUUUGUGGCAUGAAAGAAGUUGAAUUCUUAGCCCUUACGUUUAAGAUGUUAGCGUCUAGUUGGGAGAGAUUACAUUUAAAAGUAUGAAAAACAAAAACAAAUAACUUGAUGGUAUAGUAGAAACUGGGCCAUAUACAUAAUUAUUUUCCAGCACUCAGGGUAGGGUGAGUCAUGGAAUCAUUUCCACACCCUUCUCAUGUCAUAAAUUGUCCUAGCCACAUCUUGAUCCUGGAUAAAGCUAAUUAUACAGUGCUUCUCCUCAAUAUGUAUUUUCCUCACUGUGUAACUUCAUUCUCUUUCAGAAUCACCUCUUUGCAUGUAUGUAAGCUUAUAAAUGUUUUACCAUACUUGUUACAUUCUGUUACAAUCAGGACUCUGCCAUCUUUUUUUUUUUUUUUUUACGAGUUCCUAUUACCUAACUUGACUUCACUUGAAUCCCUGUAACUGCUUAUGUUCUUUCAGUAAAUUAAAUGACAGUUGUGUACUAGAAAAUGAAUUAUUAGAAUAAUUUUCUUAAAAGGAAAGAAAAUUCUUAUGCUUGCAAAAUACAUUUUUGGUACAGAACAUGAAAAGUUGAAAUUGUAGACUAAAAAUUGUAGAACCUUUUAAAUUUGGACUAUUUAUUCUUCAUUUCUCAGACACUGACAAGAUUAUAAAAUAUUUUCAUUGGUGGCACCAAAGGUUCCAGGUCCAGCUUUUCAUAGAGAAUCUUGGGGUAAAAUAAUCCCUCUCCCAAUGUAAUUGCAAAUUGACAAAAGAGUAUCGUAAGUACACUGAAGAAGCUGGAUAUACUUAUAUUAAAAUGUACAUGUGGGGCUUUAAUAUAAAUCAGUAUGGAUUCCUCAGGGUUACUUAGGGAUUACUUUUAUCUUGCCAGUGUGUAUGAAGCUGCGUGAUAUUUGUUAAAAGCACACUUGCCGGGGAGUCAGGAUACCUGGAUUCAUGUCCUCCCUUUACCCCAUCUGUGUGGUUUCAGGACUUUGUAUUUUUCUAUAGUCAGUGAUGUGAAAAGACCUGACAUGGAUGAUAUUGCUGAUAGGAUGAGGAUGGAUGCUGGAGAAGUAACUUUAGUGAACCACAACUCCAUAUUCAAAGCUCAUCUGCCACAGACAGGUUUAGCAGAGGACCAGCUUUCACUUUCUGACCAUCAGAUUUUACCUUCCAGACAAGGAAAUUUGGACCGAUCUUUUACGUGUUCCACGAGAAGUACAGCUUAUAAUGCAAAUUAUUACUCAGGAUUCUUUGUCAGCAAGAUGAGAUCUCCUCCCCUAAAAAGACACAACCCUUCUUCGGAUAGUUUUCUUGGCUCAGGCGACUUAAGAACCUUUGGCCAGAGUGCAAAUGGCCAGUGGAGGAAUUCCACUCCAGCAUCAGGUUCAACUUUACAAAAAUCAAGAAAUAGCCGGAGUCUUUUUGUCGAAACCCGAAAGACCUCAAGUGGAUUAUCAAACACUUUUAUGGGAAAAUCAAACCAUCACUGCCACGUGUCUGCAUAUGAAAAAUCUUUUCCUAUUAAGCCUGUCCCAAGUCCAUCUUGGAGUGGUUCGUGUCGUCGAAACCUGUUGAGCCCCAAGAAAACUCAGAGGCGACAUGUUAGCACAGCAGAAGAGACAGUUCAAGAAGAAGAAAGAGAGAUUUACAGACAGCUGCUACAGAUGGUCACAGGGAAACAGUUUUCAGUAGCCAAACCCACUACACAUUUUCCUUUACAUCUGUCUCGAUGUCUUAGUUCCAGUAAGAAUACUUUGAAAGACCCACUGUUUAAAAAUGGAAAUUCUUGUGCAGCUCAGACCCUUGGCUCAGAUACUUCAUCAUCUGGAUCAGCCAGCAUUCUAACUCCCCAGGAGCAACUGUCCCACAGUGUAUAUCCCCUGUCAUCUUUUAGCCCAGAACUUGUUGCUUUUGGAUCCAAAGAUUCAGAUUCUCUCCAUCAAUCCCAUCAUCACGCUCUUCCAUGUCAACCAGAUAACUUACCAACUUCAAAUACACAAUCUGAAGGAUCAGACUCUGUCAUUUUACUCAAAGUGAAAGAUUCCCAGGCUCCAGCUUCCAGUCCUACUUUUUUCCAGGCAGAGCUGUGGAUCAAAGAAUUAACUAGUGUUUACGAUUCUCGAGCACGGGAGAGAUUGCGUCAGAUUGAAGAGCAGAAAGCCCUGGCAUUACAGCUUCAAAAUCAGAGAUUACAGGAACAUUCAGCACAUGAUUCAGUAGAACUGCAUCUUCGGGUACCUCUUGAAAAGGAGAUCCCUGUCACGAUCGUCCCAGAAACAGAAAAGAAGGGUUAUAAAUUAACUGAUAGUAAAGAUGAAUUUCCUGAAAUUACAGAGGAAAUGGAGAAAGAAAUAAAGAAUGUAUUUCGUAAUGGGAAUCAGGAUGAAGUUCUCAGUGAAGCAUUCCGCUUAACCAUUACACGAAAAGAUAUUCAAACUCUAAACCAUCUGAACUGGCUCAAUGAUGAGAUAAUCAAUUUCUACAUGAACAUGCUGAUGGAGCGAAGUAAAGAGAAGGGAUUGCCAAGUGUGCAUGCAUUUAAUACCUUUUUCUUCACUAAGUUAAAAACGGCUGGAUAUCAGGCAGUGAAACGCUGGACCAAGAAAGUGGAUGUAUUUUCAGUUGACAUUCUCUUGGUGCCCAUUCACCUGGGUGUACACUGGUGUUUAGCUGUUGUGGACUUUAGAAAGAAGAAUAUUACCUAUUAUGAUUCAAUGGGUGGGAUAAACAAUGAAGCCUGCAAGAUCCUCUUACAGUACCUGAAGCAAGAAAGCUUUGACAAGAAAAGGGAAGUGUUUGACACCAAUGGCUGGCAGCUCUUCAGCAAGAAAAGCCAGGAAAUUCCACAGCAGAUGAAUGGUAGUGACUGUGGGAUGUUCGCUUGCAAAUAUGCUGACUGCAUUACCAAAGACAGACCAAUCAACUUCACACAGCAACACAUGCCGUACUUCCGGAAGCGAAUGGUCUGGGAGAUCCUCCACCGAAAGCUCUUGUGAAGACUGUGUCAGCCACAGACACUGACCUCGACGGGGACCAGCUCUUUGUUAUCUACAGCUAGAGACCUUGGAAACAGCUGCUCCCAACCCUCUGUUCUUGUAAAGCCCUUCAUGCUGGACCAGGCCUUGGCGAGACGCAUUCACAAGCACAUCUGCCUUUCCUUUUGUAUCUCAGAUACUAUUUUUGCAAAGCAACUUUGGUGCUGUGAAAGGGGUGAGGGACAUCCCUAAGCUGAAGAGAAAGACUGUUUUUCACUUCUUCAGUUCUGCCAUCUUGUUUUCAAAGGGCUCCAACCUCACUCAGUCCCUCCCUAAUAAGGGGACUGAGAGAAGCUUGGAAAGAAUCUUGGUUUCAUAUAAACGCUUGUUAGGCCUUACUGAGAGCUAGGAAAGGGCAUGGGCAGAAAGGUAGGGAUAAAAACCACCACCAGCAUAUACACGCACACAUACAUACACAUGUGAUUUUCAAGAUGUGUAGUCAGGAAUGUGACUGUAAACUGGACUUUGGGGCACAUGCCUAAGUCUCCUCCUCCAGGACUUUUUAUAUGCCCCUAUGUGAAGUCCAUCCACUUCUGUACAAGGCUGUUUUAUCAUCCUUAGCCCUCUCCCAUCCCGAGACAUAGCACUUGGGUCCUGGUUGGGCCCCAAAGUCUCAGGCAGUCCUCUGCUUUAAAACAGGGGUUUGCAUGUGCUAGCAACACAUGAUACGGGAAAGACCCACCCAGGGAGUGGUUUGGUGGAGCAACAAAGCACCACUUUGACUGCUGCCUACUUCUGACCAAGAAGAAAAAGGACCUCAGUCUUUAGCAUAAAAUUCAACAUUGGAUGAAUGCAGGUCUAGUUUGGUCUGUGGCUAGUUAGUUUAAAUAUGUUUCUAACCACAGAGAAUUUAAUAUAUAUAUUUUACAAGGAUAUGCUAUUUUUUUUUCCUAAAGGCUGAGUGUGUUCAUCAUUUUAGACUGUAGACUUAUUUCCAUUUUCCAAAUUUAGCUCCAGCACACACAGAUCCCAGCCCCUAUGUGGAGGGCGUUUGUGGACUUCCUAACAGAAUCUUUGAAGGCCUGGAUGAACUGUGGCUUAGGGGUAAGGUUACAGAGUGACGUGAGAUUUUCAACUGGAAAAUGGGUGGAGUUUGGACUAAUGAACUUGAGAUUAAAAACUGCUAUUUCUUUUGUUCCUUCCAGCAUCUGCUCCCACCCUCUGAGAGUUCCUCAGGCUUAGAUAGUGAAAAUGAUCCAAUGCCAGUGUCAUUUUGUACCUAAGUUCCAGAACAGGAACGUUUUAUACUUUUUUCUGUAUUGUAAUAGGUAGUUUUGUAUGAAAUAUUUUCUCCUCUUCCCUCGUACCCCAUCGUUCCCAGCAUUGUGCAUUCUCCUUGGGCUUAUUUGGAAAUUUUACUCUGUUUUAUACCAAGCUCGUUUAGUACAUUUUUCUAUGUUUUACCACAGGUUACAGUUUGAAAAGAAAACUAUUUUUUUUAAAUAUUCCAUUGUUAACUGAAUGUUAAUGUUUCCACUCCAGCAACUAGAUGUCCUACCUUUUUUCGUAACUGUCUGCCUUUUGGGGGGAAGACCAUCUUUUUAUUUAUUUUCUUUCUCACUCUUUUUUUUUUUUUUUUUUUAGUGUGUGUGUGUUUUCUAUAGGAAAUAAAUAGCUUUCUAUAUAUGAGUUGCUGGGACCUUCACAUUCUGCUUUAGAAAGCUCUAGUCAUGCAGACUGAUUGUAGGCUCCUGGACAUUGUCUGAUGCUUGAUACUCACUGUUUAAGUGACAGCUUGAAAGGUGGUAAUAUGGUAUAGAUUUGGACUAUGAGUUAGAAGGCCUGAGUCUUUUUUUUUUUUUUUCAGGCUCUCCCACCAUUGUCUGGGGGACUCAGAACAAGAUUGUUUUGUGUAUUUAUUUUAUUGUUUAUCCAUUUAGAUGACACCUGUCAUACCUUUCUCACAGACUUUGUACAGACCAAAGCAACAAGUAUUUAUUGCCAUGUACAGCAGAAAAUGAAACAAUGCAACAAAAUAUUGAAAAAUAUAUAAGAAAUUAUUGAUCCUCUCUGAACUCGGUCCCCUUUCUGACCAGUGCAGUUUUACACAAGAUAGGAAUUACUGAUCCUAAGACUACGUAGUAGGAGUAAGCCAAGCUGAGACCUAGGAUGUGGCCCACAGUGGCCCAGUGGGGACAAAAUACAGUGGGCUUAUAUAGUGGGCUAUUCUUUCUAGAGAGCUGGCCAACGAGAGCAGGACUGGCAUAUGGAGAUGUACCUUCUUCAUUUAGGAGUGGACCUUCAUCACUGGCAAAAAGGGCAUGUUAUCAAUAUCUUGUUUGACCUGCCUUAAACUAAGUAAGUCCAUCACUGUUCUUAUAUCUUCUCUUCCCCGCUGUGCUCAGUGCUCUGGCAUAACAUAAUCACCUACCUCUCCUUAAAAAAAGGAAUACACUUGAGAGAUGGUAAGUACUAAGUGCCAGAUACAGAGCCUUCAACAGAAGCCACAUUCAUACUGGGUCCUGUAUAGAGAAAAUCCGACAGGCUGCUCCUGCCCAUUUUAGAACACAUGGUCUUAGGAACAGAGGCUAGUUACAUCCCAUUUGUCGCCUGAGACCCACUGUUGCUUCCAGGAAUCCUGACUAGGGUUGAAUGUGAGAGUACUUCCUCAUCCCUCCUGGAGACUUUGGGUAAAUUGACUCUUCUACAUGAGGUGCUUCCUACUUCAGCUCCUCUUUAGCCACUGUAAUCAUGCUAGCAUCUUUUACCCACUGCUCCCAGCAAGGUUAGCCUCAAGUUAGAGUUUUCCUGGAGCCGAAAAACAGAUAACCUGGAAAAGUACUUCCACCAAUCCCAUCACAUAGUCUUUCCAUCACCUGGUUUUACAUGGCCCAUAAAAGGCUCUUCUGGGUAGAGAGAAGGGGGAUUGACUUAAGAGCCCCUGUGUUUUUCAUGUUUCAACCACUAGUCCUGUGCAAUUGCUCCAGCUCUUAAAUCUGUCUUUCCAGGAAUAAGAGAGAUGACUUUUCAUCAUAGAGCCUAGCACUUGGGGUUUGUCUUCUCCCUCCCUCCACGUGGAUGGGUCAAGGUGAAGUGGAAUAUGAUGCUUUCUCUCUGAGGGUUCACAAUGCCCAAGAGAGACGAGGAGACAAGGCUAUCAGGCCCCGUUGUUGACUUGGACUGUGUGUGCAGUCACUGGGAAACAUGCCGUAUUUCCCUGCUCAGGAGCAAUCUAAGCCACAGCUUCAAAUUCAUUCUGUAAUUUUGGAAGGGACAAGUAAGGCUCAGCCCUGCAUCCUUGUAAGUCCAGUGUCUUACUUCACUGUGUUGAAUCCUAACAUCUUUCUAUCACGGAUCAUAUAGCUCUCAUUCCCAGCUGUGAAGGUGGAGAAGGGAGGGACCGCUGGGGUAGGAGAUCAUGCUGGUCACCAUUAAGAUAAGGGAGAACUGGCGUGUGUAUUCUCUGGGGGAGAGAGGAGAAGCGAGGAGACUGAGCUGGAAUAUGAACCUUGAAAUGUUAGUGUAAGCUGCCCCUCUACCCUGCCAGGUAGGGAUAGUUCCAGUUGUGUGAGUGGUUGCAUCAGAUGUGUAAGGCCUUGUCAAACUCUAAGAUUCUGAAACAAUGUUGAAGCCCACGAUGCUGCUGUGGAUAGGAAUUGAGGUAGAGAUUCAUAGUUUAAGGCCGGUGUUAACAGCUGGUUUGGUUUUACUCUUUUCUAAUGGGACAGAUCACAGGUACAGACCUCCAUUCUAAGCUGAGGAGUAGCCGUCAACUACGUAACUUCUGGAAGUUGUCCUUCCACGCUUCACAGAACACAGGUGCUGGGAAAGGCAAGUAUGGGGCAGAGGCACCCAAGGAGCACAGCAUCUUCAGUCUGCUGGAGGUCUCUCUUUCAGGUUACAAUUUUAUUCCUUUCACAAAUAAGCUACUGAACACACAGCCAUGUCCCAUCUUGAAACCUUCCAUGACCACAUUAUUUUAUAAUCUCUUAUCUGGCCAUCUGCAGUACAGCUCUUAUAAUCAGAAAAGAAUACAACUCCACAUGGUAUUUGUACUGUAAUCCAUCUUUCACAUCAAGUAUAGACUGAGACACGGCCACAGAAGGCAGGCCAAUGACUUGGUGCUUUUUUUUUUUUCCACACCAGUAGUGCAAGCUGCUUCCCUCUGGCGUGUCAGAAUUGAUGUAAGGGUAACUCUAAGGAUUUUUUAGAAAGCAUCGCAGAGUGAGGAAAGAGAAGGACUGCCAUGGCAACCUGCAGCCUCCUUUGUGGUCCUGAACAGUUCAUUUCUGCCCCCAAAUCUUAUGUGCUACCCUGCCCUUAGCAUGUCCUCCAAGGAGCUCACCCUCUAGUCCAAGGGGCUUCUCAAAGUAUUUUUUCUAACCACAUCUGGCUGUUAAUAGUUUUCUCCAUCAAAAAAAAAUUUUUUUCCAGUGAUAUUUUACUUCUCUUAUAGAUUGAGACUAUGGGUUCCUAGCUGUCUGGUUUGUCCUUUAAAUGGUCUAUUUUGUCUGCUUUCUGGGUCUUGCCUAUUAACCAGAACUGAGCUCCCUGAGAGGGCGGUGGUGGUUCAGAAUUCUUGCCUUCCAUGCAAGACUCCUAGGUUCUAUUCCCAGCCAAUGCACCUCAUGUGCAGCCACUGCCCUUCUGUCAGUGGAGGCUUGCAUGUUGCUGUGAUGCUCAACAGGUUUCAGCAGAGCUUCCAGACUAAGACCAGGAAGAAAAGCCUGGCAAUCUACUUACCAAAACCAGCCAAUGGAAACCCUAUCGAUCACAACAGUCUGAUGGUGCAGGGCUGGGCUACAAUAAGAAGCUUCCUCAGGGCAUUUGUCUUGCCUUGUACUUCCAGAAGAGCCACUUCUACCAGAUGUUUAAUAGGCAAGUGUUUGGGCACUGGCCUUGGGGGUCUUGAAAGGUGAAGAGAUAGUUUGACCAAGGAAAUAAAAGUCACCCUGUCCUCAAGGACCUUACAGUCUAAGUUGGAAACCGUCAAGCAGACACCAAGCAAGGUGCAUUAUCAGGAAAGCAGAUUGCUAGGGACAUGCUCAGUUCGAAGCUAGAUGUGGAGGAUGGAGGGGCAGAGGUGGAGAUCAGUCAGAUAUCUGCCCAUCGAUCUGUGACUCUCCCUAGAUUUUGAAGUGAAUUUAUUAAAAAUACUGUGAAUUUUUCUUCCUCGCUUUGGCUGGAAACACCCUGAUAAAAAGAUCUGAUGGUGUUUGUCUCUCUGACUGUCUCUCUGACUGUUCUGUCUCUGUCUGUGUCUCCUGAUCUGACUGUUUGUUCUGUUUCUGUCUGUGUCUCCUGAUCUGAGCUGGACCAGUGAUUGGCUUCUCAGUGUGGUCUGGAUUCCUGAGUCCACCCCUUCACCAAGAGUCUGAAUACUGUUCAUUCAUUCGUUUCAUUCCACAUACCUGGAAUUGAAGCCUGGACCGCAAAUAACAUGCAAAUGUGUGGCUAUCUGGCACUUUUAAAAACCAGACCUGUUUGUGGAGCCUGCCAGAGAGCCCUCCUGAGGCCAAACACACCAGUCGGGACUUCUAACCCACCCUGGUAACAGCCUCCCCGUCUUCUUGCCCCUCUCCCCACCACUCUUCUCCUGAAAAUACAACCUCAAAGAAGCUCUUCCCAUUGCUCUACCCG